AUGUCUUCCUCAACCAUCAGGCGCCGAGCGCUUCCCGUCGAUACCCAGGUCGAGAACGAACCACCCACCCCUCGAGACGAAAGCCCCGAAAAGUCGGAAGCCACCGCCCACGUCGUUCGCCAUGUGAAACCUAAAACGCGAAAACGCCGCAAUGGCGCCAUCUUCUUGCUCGGAAGCCUGUUCGGAAUCAUAGCUGCCGGGUUCUUCGCGAAAAGCAACGAUCUGAUAGACUUCCCCGAGCUCGGGGAGCUCAGCAUGGAUAGUCUUUUCGAUGUUCUGCCUGCUGGCUUGGUCAAGGACAUGCGGGAUCUUGUGGUCAGUAACACUUCGUUUCUGGGCUUGGAGGGGGACUUGACGCCAAGCUGGCCUGAACUGACCCGGCUGCUCGUGAAGCAAGGCGAGCGCGAGUUCGUCGAUAGCUACGAUGCCUUCUCCGUAGGGCUACAAGCCCGCGCCGAGGGUCUUCACGCCCACCACCCAAUGAUAAUGGUACCGGGUGUCAUUUCAACGGGUCUCGAAUCAUGGGGCACUGCCAAUGUCUCUCGCCAGUAUUUCCGAAAGCGUCUCUGGGGCAGUUGGAGUAUGAUGCGGGCGUUGGUUCUGGACAAGGAGAACUGGAAAAGGCACAUCAUGUUGGACCAGGAUACCGGUCUUGAUCCUCCCCAUAUCAAACUCCGGGCCGCCCAGGGCUUUGACGCAACUGACUUCUUUAUCACCGGAUAUUGGAUUUGGAACAAGAUAUUUGAGAAUCUGGCGUCCAUAGGCUACGACCCGACCAAUUCUUUCACGGCAGCGUACGACUGGCGCCUGGCCUACCCGAACCUCGAGACUCGCGAUCAAUACUUUUCGAGGCUCAAGUCCUACAUCGAGACGGCGCACGAAUUUUCGGGAAAGAAGACCGUCCUCGUGUCUCACAGCAUGGGCGGACAGGUUCUUUUCUACUUCUUCCACUGGGUAGCGUCUGAGAGUGGCGGCAGGGGAGGUGACGACUGGGUUGAGCAGCACGUCGAGGCAUGGAUCAACGUGAGCGGGUGUAUGCUUGGCGCCGUCAAGGACCUGACGGCUGUCUUGUCGGGUGAAAUGCGUGACACGGCGCAGCUCAACGCAUUUGCCGUCUACGGCCUCGAGAAGUUCUUGAGCAAGGACGAAAGGGCGCAGCUGUUCCGUGCGAUGCCCGGUAUUUCGUCAAUGCUUCCCAUCGGCGGGGACGCCGUCUGGGGCAAUUCCACUUGGGCGCCUGACGACCUGCCUGGGCAGGACUUCUCUUAUGGAUCUCUUCUUAAUUUCCGCAGCGGCAUGAACUGGACAACACCGGAUCGGAAUUUGACAGUUGAGUCGGCCAUGGAAUACCUCUUCAACACGACCGAGGAGUGGUACUCAAGAAACGUGAAAGGAGCGUACUCGCACGGCGUAGCGCAUACCGAGGCCGAUGUUGAAGCCAACGAAAAAGACGCCCAGAAAUGGAUCAACCCGUUGGAGACACGACUGCCGCUGGCGCCUAGUCUCAAAAUCUACUGCUUUUACGGCGUGGGGAAGCCCACGGAGCGAGGAUACUACUACCGGUCGCCAGAAAUGCCCGCUCUCACGAACCUGAACAUCACCAUCGACACAGCUCUCACGCAGGGAGAGGUGGACCACGGCGUCGUCAUGGGCGAGGGCGAUGGAACGGUGAACCUGCUCAGUACCGGGUAUAUGUGUAACCGCGGAUGGAACUACAAGCGGUACAACCCGGCCGGUGUCAAGGUGACUGUGGUCGAGAUGGAGCACGAGCCCGAACGAUUUAAUCCUCGAGGGGGGCCCAAGACGGCAGAUCACGUGGACAUUCUCGGGCGGCAGCAUCUCAACGAACUCAUCCUGCGGAUCGCGGCGGGCAAGGGCAACACGAUAUCGGACUACGUCGUCAGCAACAUUAUGGAGUAUGCUGACAAGGUCAAGGUGUACGAGGACGCUGAGCGACCGGUCGAGGAGAAGGAGUCGUAG